AUGUUUUUAUUUCCAUCUAAUUUCAAUAACCAACACAUUCCUACUGUGGACAGCACCGCCAAAGUUCUUCUGGACAUCCGGACGUACAGCAACCCGGGCAACCUCAAGUUGGACGGUCAGUGUUGUGACGGGGAGAUGAGCGGCAACGUUUGUGCCGAUGAGUGUGAAUACAGUAUCACUGCAUGUCUGGGACAGAGUGAAUCUAGUCCUUGCUCGUUGGCCAGAAUUAGCCGGGACUACAUAGAGUCGCCAGAUGGCACUUACAGUCCGAUAUCUUUUGACCUGCAGACGUGGCCAGGAUCAGUCCUGGUGAGCCUCUACGUGGAUGACAUGGACACCUCCGAGCGACAACCCAUCGACACCAGCCAGUUCUGGUUCUACAGCUCCACGCCGCUCCGGAACCAGGUGAUCAUCAAUCGUGGCAACUAUAGCCUGUUCAAUAUCACAGGCAACAGGCUGGUUCAACCCACGAUAAUGACCGUGGCGCUAGUGGCUCGCUGUGACCAGUACUUCUACAGUGACCGCUGUGACGUCAACUGUGUGCCGUCCAACGACUGUGGCGGUCACUACACCUGCAACAGAAGUACCGGGGACAAGAUCUGCAUCAGCGGGUGGGACGGCCCCAACUGUAGCCUGUCGGUUGGUGGCAAUCACGGCUGCUCUAGUGAGGAUCGUUGCUCUGGGAACGGACAAUGCGUGAGCAGCGGGAACGGGACGGGACAAGUGUACUGCUGUUGUAGGUCAGGCUUUAGGGGCGACCGGUGUCAUGAAGAUGUGGACGAGUGUUCUAGUCACCCGUGCCAGAAUGGAGGCAGCUGUGUGCAGGAGGCAGCGCCCAACUUCAGAUGUGACUGUAGACUGGGGUGGACAGGUAAUCGCUGCCAGACGGCCCAAACCUGCAGUGAUGCGCCUUGCCAGAACGGCGGAGAGUGUCGGGAGUUGCGCCAAACUUUCUAUUGUCUAUGUGACUCUACCGGCUUCACUGGAGACUUUUGUGAGAUACCCCCAACUACAACUUCACCGACAACAACCAGCGAAUUAACCACAACUACGACAACAUCUAGCACUACGAAGUUAACCACAACAGCAACUACAGCAUCAGAAGUUUCUCCACCUGCACCAAGACGGUGUCAUGGAAAUUACUACGGGCCCACCUGCACGACUUACUGUAAAGCCACGGACGAUUGCUCGGGACACUUCACCUGUGAUACAAUUUACCGGUCAGCAAAGCAGCCCGACCUUCAAUGUCAAUGCCAGAAUGGAGGAUAUUGUUUCCGAGAUGGUUGUUGCUGCCCGGUCGGUGUCACUGGUGCCCUGUGUAACCUGGAGGCAGUGUUUUGUCCAAGUAGUCCAUGUAUGAACGGAGGUACAUGUUUUGAGGAUGUUACAGGCGCUAGAUGUCAGUGCAGAGAGAUGUUCACGGGAGAAUAUUGCGAGACCAUGUUGUACCCCAACAGAAACUGUCCAGCGAAUUUCUAUGGUGCUGUCUGCGAUGUCUACUGUCUGCCCCAGUAUGGGUGUGGCUCUGAGACGGGACAGUUCUACUGCGAUGAGAAGACAGGUCAGAAAGUUUGUAUGUUUGGGUGGAUGGGUGCUCUGUGUGACCAGCCAGAUCCAAGUACAAAACACAAAGAGCCGUGUCCAAACAGCGUUUGCAGGAACAGCGCAACCUGCCUCAAUGGAACUUGCUGUUGCUUGCCAGGUUACACGGGAUCUUUGUGUCAUAUUGAAAUAUUGGAAUGUGAAAGUAACCCAUGUUUGAAUGGCGGGGUCUGCAGUGAUGAAAUUAACGCUUACACCUGCGAUUGCCGGCCAGGGUUUUCCGGUCUUAACUGCGAAGAAGUUGUGGUGGACAACUCUUCUGAGGUUUCAACCACAGCUAUUCCAGAUCCAUCUAGGGACCCAUGUUCAUCAGCACCGUGUCAGAAUGGAGGUAUGUGUCUUCAAAAUGGUACCAGCGAAUUCAUGUGUCUGUGCUCGGGGAGAUACUAUGGCAAGAUCUGUGAGAAUUAUGUCUCACAAUUUCCGUCAAACUUCAACUGUGCUCUUGGUUUCUAUGGAGGCAACUGCUCUGUGAUCUGUUUAGAAGACGAUUCAUGUGGCGGCCAUUUCUUUUGUGACCCAAAUACAGGCGCCAAGAUAUGUAGGUCAGGAUGGAGUGGUGACUUUUGUAACCAGCGGGCAGUUGCUCAUUCAUUGGAUCCUCAAUGUCCAAUUGUUGGAGCAGGAUGUCUGAAUGGAGGAUCUUGUUUUAAUCAACGAUGUUGUUGUCGGGCUCCAUACACAGGGCUGUUGUGCCAGGUAGAAGAGCUACCGUGUAACAGCUCACCUUGUGGAGAACACGGGGUGUGUGCUGAUCUCACGUCAGGGUAUGUAUGUCAUUGUGCAGCAGGCUACACAGGAAAACAUUGUGAGGUGUCAGUCCCUGACUCCAGACUGCCAUUUUCUGUUGACGUAAGCUCUACAACAGCAUACAGCUUCCCUCAUUUAUCGCCAUCAUCGUCAUCCCUAUCUGAGGAAGAAAUACCAUCAAGUCUUGCUCCAUACACCGUCAUGAACACAAUGCCUUACACACUGUCAGUCGACACCGCUGCUCCUGGGGUCGCCUAUAGUCUGUAUGCUCCAGCAUCUGACUCAUCUGAAGUCCACACGAUCACUUACUCAGAUACAACCGUCCGUGGAGACACGUCCAGACUGCAUGGCCUAGUGUCUAGCUCAGCUUCUGAUCUCGGCACGAUGACCGAUUCAUACACAGCGGUCAGUGAAGUGUUCAUCACAGGGCCAAUUACCCCAGCAGAUUAUCCCAGAUUAGUCCAACUUGUCACGGACUCCCUGGCCAGGUCCAGCCAGCCAGAGGUGUCUUGCUGUCACUCGGUGGUCGUGGAUGACAAUGAUAUGUAUUUUGAUCAGGAUGGAACCCCACUUGUUAGACUGGAUUACACCUUCUCAGACUCCAUGAUUGAACAGAUAGACAGCCACCUCAACUCCACACCAGAAUUCAGUGCCAACAGAAACCAUGUUUAUCGAGGACCAAUCACGGAGCCAGAUGUUGUGUUUGAUCUGGAUGUGAUCGGAGACUUGCCAGAGCGGACGUUGCCACAAAUUGCCGACAUCCUAACUAGAGUCUGGACAAGAAAAUAUCAGAAUUGCGCAUGCAAGUACUCUGUUAACGUUCUGUAUGGACAACAGUACAUCGGCAACUAUGGCACUCGGCUGACCAAGAUCUUCUACACCUUGUCGAGAGAUGGAGUCACCCAGACAGUGGAUGCUCGUGACCGGCUUACUGUCCAGGACUUGCAGGAAGAAUUCAGCCCGUCUUUCUAUCGGCCCUACAGACACACCGAUUUAGCAAUCACUCUGACAUCUCAAGUUGGAAUUGAAACCAAACAAGAACUCACUAGAAGUUGGCAAGCUUUUCUCCAGGAAACUGGCCAGUGUGAUUCGGCACACUGUAAUGUGACUAUCAGAGCUGUGAGACCGGAAAUAUAUUACACAAAUACCAGCAACGAAAUCUCCAGCUUUGCCUACUUUGUACUGCUGAAUGGUCAUCUGGUCAAACCACUAUCAGUGAGCGGACAGUCCCUGGCACAAAUACAUAGACACUUGGCUCUGUGCGACUGUCAGCACCACCCUGUCAUGUCCCUUUACCUGCAUGGAUACACCCGGUACUCGAAGAUCAUGUCUGUAAUCUCGGGUAUCCUAGGAAGUGGUAUAAUGUUUACAUUGUUUGAUAUCCUGGUUCCUUGUGUUUUAUAUCCUGGUUCCUUGUGUUUUAUAUCCUGGUUCCUUGUGUUUUAUAUCCUGGUUCCCGCAUCACCGGUCACUAUAGUGGACUACUACGUCACCAUUGACCAAGCUGACUCUAGCUUGACCUCAGCUGAAGAGCCACCCAUACAGACGGUCCAGCAGUUGUUCUAUGACAAGACUUCUCUGUCUGUCUGCGUCUCCAUCAGGAGAGCACUGGAGGAUUCCUGGACAGAAACUAACAAAAAGUUGGGGCACAUUACUGUCAUAAACAUUGAUACAAACUUGGAUCCCGAAGGAGGAUUUGAGGACUCCAUCACUGACAUGGACCUUCUCCAGCCAGACGAUGAAGUCCUAGAGACCCAUUUUCGAAAUCAUGACCUUGACAUUCACAUGUCCGGAGGUGAUGGCCAUUCUAAUGAGGGCACUGUCGACAGUGGGACACCAUUUCCCUGGUACAUCCCGGUUGGCGUCAUCCUGUCCCUGCUGCUGAUUGUGGUCAUCGUCUGUAUCUUCUGCUGUAUCUGCUGGGAAUCCAGAAAAAGAGAUUCUAAAGAAAUAGAUAACAACCCAGAAGAUUUUAGAGAGGAUAACUUCGACAAGGAGCACUUCACCAUGGAACCAGUGGCAUUUGAAAAUGAAGCCUUCCAUGCGAUAGACAACCCCAACAUCUCCCAGGUUGACCAGCGAGGCAAGACGGAUUUGUGA